AUGGCGUCAUUCAACAACGUUAAAAUACAGGAGGUUUCUAAAGUGACUUCUCCCUUCGAUUCCAUUACUGAGUUUUCUCUCCCUCUGACCUUAUACGACACUUAUUGGUUCAAUUUUCCGCCUGUUGAACGCCUUUACUUGUAUCAAAUCACUCACUUAACCCCUCACUUCUUUACUCAGUUAUCCUCCCAGACUCAGCACUCUCUCUCUCCUCUCUCUCACUUCCUCCAUUAUUUCCCUCUUGCUGGUAACCUUACUGGCCCGGAUGCCUCAAAGCCAUUCAUCUACUACUCCCCGGACGUUGGUGUUUCAGUCACUGUUGGAGAGUCCACCGCCGACUUCAAUUCGCUCUCUGAUAAUGGAGUUCAUGAGGCCGCGGAACUUCAUCCUUUAAUCCCUCAAUUGGUGGCUUCUGAUGACAAAGCAGCGGUGAUAGCUGUACAAAUAACUUUGUUACCAG